UCAGUAAACAGCUGCAAAAAUAGGUGCUUUGAGCGAAAAUUUGGGAGCUGUCGAUGUGAUAGUGCCUGUGUUGAGCUUGGAAACUGCUGUAUAGAUUAUGAAGAUGUAUGCAUAAAACCAGCUUACAUCUGGACGUGUGACAAGUUACGAUGUGGAGAGAAGAGGUUGCAUGGCAGUCUGUGCUCCUGCUCAGAUGACUGUAAAGACACAAAUGACUGCUGUGUUAAUUAUGAUUUUGUUUGUAGAGGAAACAAAAGCUGGGUAGACGAGAAAUGUGAUGACAUGCAAACACCUAUUUGUCCAGCUGGGUUUUCUCAGCCUCCAGUCAUCUUAUUCUCAUUGGAUGGAUUCAGAGCAGAAUACUUUCAUACCUGGAAUGGACUUCUUCCUGUGAUCAGCAAGCUAAAAAAAUGUGGGACAUAUACACGUGCCUUAAGACCAGUGUAUCCAUCAAAAACCUUUCCUAACCAUUACAGCAUUGUAACAGGCCUCUACCCAGAGUCACAUGGUAUUGUGGACAAUAAAAUGUAUGACCCAUACAGAAAUGCUUCUUUCACCCUGAGAAGCCCUGAGAAGUUUCAUUCUUCGUGGUAUCAAGGAGAACCAGUAUGGAUAACUGCUAUGAAUGAAGGACUAAAGACAGCAACUUACUUUUGGCCAGGAUCAGAUGUAAAGAUCAAUGGAACUUUUCCAAACCUUUAUAAAGAAUACAAUGGAUCAGUUCCUUUUGAACACAGAGUCAUGUCCAUCCUUAAAUGGCUAAGCCUACCUGAACAUGAGAGACCACACUUUUACACUCUGUAUUUAGAAGAACCAGACUCGUCAGGACACAAACACAGUCCGGUCAGCAGUGCAGUCAUAAAAGCUCUCAUGGAGGUGGACCGUAUUGUUGGAAUGUUGAUGGAUGGACUUAAACAAAUGCAUCUGGACAAAUGUGUAAAUCUUCUGCUUCUUUCAGACCAUGGCAUGGAGGAAUCGCGCUGUGAAAAUAUAGCAUAUCUGUCAUCAUACUUGACUACCUCUGAAGAUUAUGUUGUGGUAUAUGGGCCAGCAGCACGUUUGAGACCCACUCGAGUACCAGAUGAGUAUUUCUCUUGUAUGUACUUGUCAUAUUAUACCUGCUUGCAGUGCAGAAAAAAGAAUCAGCAUUUCAAACCAUUACUGAAGGAGGACUUGCCUAAGCGUUUACACUUUGCCAACAAUCCCAGAAUCGAAUCACUUCACUUUUACUGUGACCCCAAGUGGCAAGUUGCAAAGUCACAACGUGAUGUAUCAAAAUUCUGCAAUGGGGGAUUUCAUGGUUCUGACAAUCUUUUCAAAAAUAUGCAGGCUCUCUUUAUUGCCUAUGGUCCCAAGUUCAAGCAUAACACAGAAGUGCAGCCCUUUGAAAAUGUAGAAAUCUAUAAUUUGAUGUGCGAUUUGUUGGAAAUUGAGCCUGCACCCAAUAAUGGAAGCCAUGGCAGUCUUAACCAUUUAUUAAAAAAACCUGUAUAUGAACCUGUCUUACCAAAAGAACUGUCAGAACCCUUUCAGUGCUCAGUAAAUCACAGUGCCUUGGGGAACACUCUUGGAUGCUCCUGCAAUUUACCUGUAAGUACACAAAAAUGUCGCUUUGCCACGUAUGGUAGGUGUAUUACCACAGUGACCCCUAGGGCUAGAGUAUGA